UGCGCUUUUAGUUUGAAAGAGCGGCAUGGCACUUCCGUGAGGUUGUGAACUUUGACUCAGCUGGAGAGAGGCUCUCCGUGAAGUCUGCAGACUCAACUUAAGGAUGAUCGCAUCAAGCUACAGAGACUGCGAGGCGUGGAAGGCAGAGGGUCUUCCCCUGUCCACCAGCAGCAAUGAGGCGUGCAAAAUGUAUGAUGCCAUACUCACACAGUAUGUGAAAUGGCGUAAUGACGAAACCCUCGGAGGAAUUGACGGAUGCAUCUCUGCGGUCAAAGCGGCUGAUCCGAACUUUGUUAUGGGCCACGUGAUCAGCACGGGAUUGGAGCUGGUGGGAACAGGGAGCUCGAUCCGGCUGAACGAGCGCCUGGCCAGCGCUGUGAAGCGAACGGUGGAGCUGGCCAGCAUCCAGGACAUAACGCCCAGAGAGAGGCUGCAUGUCACGGCCAUGGAGCUCUUCUCUCGCGGGAAUUUUCCCAAAGCCUGUGAUGCCUGGGAGGAGAUUCUGGUCGAGCACCCCACUGACAUGCUGGCCCUCAAGUUUAGUCAUGAUGGCUUCUUCUACAUGAGCGCCCAGACCCAGUUGAGGGACUCGGUGGCCAGGGUGCUGCCUCACUGGAAGCCACACAUGCCGCUGUAUAGUUACCUGAAAGGAAUGUAUUCCUUUGGUCUGCUGGAGACUCAUUUCUAUGACGAGGCUGAGAAAAUAGCCAAAGAGGGCCUCGCUCUGACCCCAGAUGACGCCUGGUCUGCCCACGCUGUCGCCCAUGUCCACGAGAUGAAAGCAGAGGUGGACAAGGGCUUGAAUUUCAUGGAACGCACCGAGAAAGAUUGGCAGGGGUGUGACGUACUGGCCUGUCACAACUACUGGCACUGGGCGCUGUACUUCAUCGAAAAGGGACAAUACGAAGCCGCCCUGAAAAUAUUCGACAGCCAGAUAUCCAGACAGCUGAAGGCCAGUGGAAGCAUGUUAGACGUAGUGGACGCCUCUUCUCUGCUCUACAGACUAGAAAUGGAAGGUGUGUGCGUGAAGGACCGCUGGCGGGAAGUGCUCCAGAUCACACAGCCUCACACAGACGACCAUGUGACCAUGUUUAAUGACCUCCACUUCCUCAUGGCGUCACUGGGAGCCAAAGAGAGCGGGACCUCGCAGCGUCUGCUCGAGGGCCUCAGAGAAAUGGCUAAAGAGCCUGGGGAAAAUCAUCAGCAUCGGCUUGCGAACACACUCGGCAUACCUAUGUGCCAAGCCAUGAUGGAAUACGACCGGGGCAACUACAGUCAAGCCGUGGAGCUGCUGCACCCUCUACGCUACCGUGUUAAGGAAAUAGGGGGCAGUGACGCACAGAGGGACGUCUUCAAUCUGCUGCUUAUCCAGGCAGCCAUGAAAUCUGAGAAGAAGCACCACCAGAAGCUGGCAAGAUGUCUUUUGGUGGAGCGUGAUGCUGUGAAGCAGAACUCUCCGAUGACUUACCGUCUGAUUCAGAGAGCCCAUGCCCUCCACGACUAGACAGGCUGCGGGCUGCACAGCGCCGUUGCCCCUCCACAAACCAAGAAGACUCCUUUACCAGCGGACAGCUACGUGGGCCUGUUGUCAAGAUGGCUAAUGCUUUCAUACUGCACUGCCUAACCAAGUAUUGAGCCAGCUGCUGUGUAAAGUGAAACUGCUGGAGGAAAGGAAAUGUACC